AUGUGGAACCGAGCCGAUAUUGCUAGGGCUGAGAUCUUUACUAAAGACCAAAAGUGGAAGGUAUGGGUGUAAUCGUGCAAAUUUAUAUUGUUGUUGCAUUACAUUUUUGUACUUGACCAGGGGAGGGCCAAGUAAUCACACCUGAUAGGAAACCGAGAAGAACAGUAGGAGGCUUAGAUACAAAUGUAAGCUCGGUAUGAAAAUUCUUGUCUUAGCGGAGCUCCACGGCGGAGCCCCAUUAAGCUAAGGAAAUGUGGUAAUCUAAUCUGAGAACAUUUGGUAAUCACGUGACCGUACACCGAGCGAGCGAGCGAGCGAGCGAGCGACCGUCCGUCCGCACCACAGGCAUACCAAUGUAAAAUAACUCAAUCAACAGGUAUGGCAACCCACAUGCAACUCAAGGUUUUAUUUUGAACGAAAUCACAUGGCCGCCCGGACUUUUAGAAAGAAAAAACAACAACAAAGUCGUGUCUUUUUCGGCGUUAUUUUUUAUGUUUACACUAACGUGUAUAACAGAGAAAGAGCUAGAGCGAGUUAUUGAAAACAAGGGAGACGAAUUUCGUAGGGAGAAAAACAUGGAAAUUCAAAGCGGCGGUGAGAAAAUGAGAAAUGCUAGCGACCAGCAAGGUGAAAAUGAGCCGCAGUGAAAAAUAAAAGCGAACAUGAACACAGGAAACAAAAUAUUGGGUAAACACAUACGACAAUUUCUAAUAAUAAUAAUAAUAAUAAUGUGUAACUAGGAAGUUUGACGUUUUAGUCGUACAAAACAGCGUUGUAGUGGUGCAAAACAACGGCAAGGGAAAGACAAAAAAGUAUGCUGCACGUACAAUUUGUUCUUUUUGCUAAUUAGAUCUGUUAGUUUUGAAGCCGUUUUCAUUGUCGUCUCCGUUUAACAUUACACGAUUUAAUUUUUUUUGUUUAUAAGUAUUAUUAACCAGAGCUUCGCUUUUAGCCCUGGCUAAAUCUAUAUAUUAUGAAAUAAAAAUAUAAAUAAUAUAAUUUUAUAUUAAGACAGUUAAGUUAACAGGGCGGCUGGGAAAAAUUAGCGCGGUAAUAUACUUCCUCCUAUGUUGAUAGCUCAACCGAAAAAAGCAUAUAUACAAAAUUAUUUCGCUCCUUCGAGAGCAAAAUUUCGCAAAUGCGAGAUACUCUCUGUGACGUCUCCAAUAGUGGCGUGUUAUUUAUGUUUAAAACUGAAAGCUCGUAGGCUUGGUCUCUCCACUCCUCCACUGUUGUUAGAAAAAGGUUUUAGUUACUGAUUUACAUAUAAUGGCACUCGACAGGUUUGUUUUGCCAAUAUUUGCUCCGAUAGCCGGACAAAUUGUUAAAUGCUAAAGAUCCAUCUUCAGACUAAUUCACUAAAAUGGAAGCCCACUCUUUCAGCAUGUGGAAGACAAAUGACGUCCAGUUUUGAUGGAACAUAUAGUUAAAUCAUAUCGAUCCCUUAGUUAAAUUAAGGUUGCAUUCUAGGUCAUCUUGAUCAUUUGUUUUGUGCUGGCUUAUCCAACAGAUGGAGACCUUGGAAGAUAAGAUGAAGGACGCUUUAAUCAACAAUCGUGUGGAAUUUGUAGAGCUUCUUUUAGAAAAAGGUGUCAGUAUGAGGACGUUCCUGAAUACAGAUCGGUUAAAUAACCUUUUC